UCACCAAAGUCAUGUGACUCGUGUUUACGGCGUUUCACUUCCGCCUUCCGUCGUCUCGCAUCACCGGAUCACCAUUGGAAGUUGGCAGCUUGAAAACUCGCGCAAGCUUCUACCAACGAACCGCUCCACAGUCGGCAGCCGCCGUUUGGCUUCCACCUGCGGGCAGCAGGACUGAUAGAGGCCCGCCGGGAGUGAUGGCGGACCGGGAGAGCUCACCGCUGCUGUCAGAGCACAACGAGCACGACGGCACAAACGGCAGAAGAGCGUAUGGACACCUCGAAGAAACUCCAAGUUUGGUGCUCGAUGAGCCCCCGCCACCCUACUCUGCGUCCAGCAGCCCAGACAGCUGGAGCGCUCCAGUCAUCAGCUGCCGCGUUUGUCAGGGAGCCAUCUGCGUGGAAGGCAAGACGCACCAGCAUGUGGUCAAGUGCAGCAUUUGCAAUGAAGCGACUCCCAUCAAGAACGCUCCGGCUGGGAAGAAGUACGUCCGAUGCCCGUGUAGCUGCCUGCUCAUCUGCAAAGUCACGUCGCAGAAGAUUGCCUGCCCACGACCGUACUGUAAACGCAUCAUCAAUCUGGGCCCAGUUCACGUUGGCCGGGAAAGUCCGGAACUGCAGCACCCGCCUGUCGGCAUCCGGGUCGUCUGCGGCCAUUGCUCCAAUUCAUUCCUGUGGACGGAGUUUUCCGACAGGACCUUGUCCAGGUGUCCGCACUGCCGUAAAGUCUCCUCUGUUGGCCAGCGGUACCCGAGGAGGAGGAGCCUGCUGUGUCUCCUGGUCUUCGCCGUGGUCGCCGGCUCCACCGCGGGACUGAUGGUGGGAACGUGGCGGCCCGCUCGGGACUCGAACGGGAUUUACGCCGCGUGGGUGCUGCUUGUCCUCAUCGGCGCCAUCGCCCUGGCCAGGACCUUCUACUGGAGAUGUCUGAAAAUUAGCCGGCCCAUUCCGACAGUAUUGGAUCGAUGGGACGUAUUGUCAGCGGAAGGAUACGGUGUGAUACGAACUUCCGCUACAUGUGACGCACGAAGCUAACGACUGCUCGCAACUUGGCGACGAUGGACGUUGGCUUUUGUAUUUACAACGCUUAAGCAAAAGGUAAACACACACAAAAUAAAUUCAUUUACUAUUUUGUUUUUAUAUUACCAGCACGGUGUGCUUUUUGAUUAACAUCCAUUUUAUAUCGUGGGAAGCGUAAAGGCCUAUGUUUCGUCAACAUGGUGGCCGUUUUCUUUUUUCUUUUAACCAAAACAUAACCGUGCUGUACUGUAAUGUUGUUAAUAUUGUUUUGUGUCCCUGUUAACCAAAUGUGUGAUGGAUAUUUGGGGAAUCCAGGAAGCCCAUAUGCAUCGACUCGACGUGAACAUGUGAAUAAUGCCUAGACCUGUACGCAGGCCUGGCUUAUUAACGUCGCAAUGCAAUAUUUCAAGGACACAAACACACUUUGAACGACUUCAAAUGCGGUGUAAGCACAUCACGUGUUUCUCCCCCUCCUAGUUUUUGUUUUGUUUUGUUCGUUUUACUCAACUACCGCACA